ACGCUCUCUCUUCUUUGCUGUUAUCGCCUCAUCAGUUCACACUACAGAGUUGCCAUUCUCCCGAGUGUUCCGUCAAUCAAAGCUCGCCAAUGGCUUCGACGCUUCUUCUCCAACCUACAGUUCUCCUCGCGCCAAGGCCCUCUCUCCCCACCGCCUCCCGUCGCGGCCACAGAGCCCCAUCCCUCUCUUUUAAGCCCAAGCCCUUCUCUGCCCUUCUCUCCGCACGUCUCCCCGUACGGUGCUACGCACCUCUCUCCUCAACCUCGAGUCCUAAUUUCGCGAUUAGGGCUUCCGCUUCCCCUGCCGCCGCGGCUCUCGCUCCUGCCCCGACUUACUCUGCCGCUGCUGCUGCGGCUCUUGCUCCCGCCCCGACGCCCAGGCUCACUGAGUCGACCCAGACGGUCACCUCCCUCCUCGCCGCAGCCCUGUCCCUGUCGUUGUCCAUCGCCAAGCUCCUCCAGAGACUCCCUAUCGAGAAAGUCGCCUCCUUCUGCCUGAGUUCCCUCCCGAGCCCGCAAGACCUCGAGGCGCUCCGGUCAGUCGCCAGUGGCCUUGGGCGGGCUGCGGGUCCCGCUUUCUUUGCCGCUCUGCGGGACCGCCCGAGUGGGUACCUCAACACACCGCUGACUGUGGUUGCUGCCGGGUUGUCGAAGUGGCUGGACAUUUACAGUGGGGUGUUGAUGGUCAGGGUCUUGCUGAGCUGGUUCCCCAACAUUCCAUGGGAGCGCCAGCCUCUGUCGGCUAUCAGGGACCUCUGUGAUCCCUAUUUGAAUCUGUUCAGGAACAUCAUUCCCCCGAUAUUCGAUACGCUCGACGUCAGUCCGCUUCUCGCCUUUGCCGUGUUGGGCACCCUAGGAUCAAUUCUGAACAAUAGUCGGGGAAUGUUCUGAAGAAGUUGCCAAUGUUUGGGUAAUCGGGUUGGGGUGAAUGGGGCUAUAUUCACUGCUUGAUAAUAGUACUAUUUGGGUUGUUAGAUAUUAGUGCAAGCUCAUCAUCUGGUUCGGGUUCUCUAGGUUCAGCUUCCUCGAUUAUAUAUAUAUAUAUAUAUAUACUGUGAGAUUCCUGUAGUUGGAACACUAUAAAAUUUUGCAAGCUGUUGUGAUAUUGGAAUUACAAUUUUUUCGAGCA